AUGUCUUGGAAAAGAAUUGUGAUGUAUAUAUUUGUAGCACUGUGUGCGACAGUUGCUUAUGCCGAUAUUAUGGUACAGUUAAAUGUUAAUCGGCCGGUAAAUGAUGUAAGUGAUAAAUUUGUAAGUUUUACCAUGAAACCGGAGGAUUUGUAUGAAGCCUUGGAUGGUUCGCAUAGGAAAUCUAUUACCCGCAUGGCCUCAAUGUUAAGUCACUCGCAUCUAAAGUUUGUGGGUGAUUAUUAUUUUGCCUCCAAAAGGAAUACAAAGCUACGCAAUCCCACAAAGAUUGUGUGGAAGGGUUUCAAUAAAUGGACAAGAGCCUUGGACUGGACAAUGGUAAUACCAGUUCCAUAUACACCGAACGAUUGGGAUCCCAUGCAUACCUUGAAAAUUUUAAAUAAUUCUCAAGCCGUUGGUAUUAAUGAGUGUAUUUGGCAAUUGGGAACAGAUUUUGGCACCUCUGCCGCCACGGAUUAUGUCAACGAACUGAAAACAUUCAAUUUAAUGGUGGAUUCUUUUAGAGAUGCCGAUAACAAUUGGCAAAUUAUGGGUGCUGACAUUUCAUCGGGCAGUAGUCCGGAUGAAACACGUCGUUAUAUUGAAAUGUCACGAGAUUUGAAUACAGCUUUCGGAUGGGUUGAAUCUCCCGAUACAUUCAUUGGCAAUAGCCUAAGUGCAGCUCUCAAAGACCAAGAUCCCGCUCUGAAGGUACUAUUUAAAGAAAAGGUACCAGUUUGGUUGACACUGCCACAAACUCAAAACUCCUUGAUGAUGUCAAUGAUGGACGAAGAAUUACACGAAGGUUUAGAUUGGGCUCAGACGAUGGGUGAUGCCGCCAAUAGUGGUUUCAACACCAUUUUCAAACACUUAUCACUAUCGGAAUUAGAAAACCCAAAAUAUAGUUUCUUUGUAACGGCACUGUUUAAGAAAAUUAUGGGUUCGAGGGUGUUUGAUGCCAAACCACUGACUGGGUUGUUUGGACGGAACAAUAAGCUAUAUACCCAUUGUGCCAAUAGUGUAUCCGGUGGUUUGGCUUUUAUGGUCAUUAAUAAACAAGAAAUGCCUUUGACAAUUUCCGUGCGUUCUACCACCAAACUACGCGAUACGGAGUUGUGGAAAUAUGCCUUGACCAUGAAUGAUGAUCAGGUUAUGUUGAAUAAUAAGAGAGUGAGCGUAAAUUCAACUCUAUUGCCUGAGAUUAAGAGAAAAUCGGGCCACUCAACGGUACAACUGAGAACACCAGGGUCAUCAGUGACUUUCUGGGUUCUGCCAAAUGUCAAUAUGGAACAUUGUGUGUUCACAGAAGUGGAGGAGGAAAAUGUGUCCCAAGAAAUGGGAAGUGAAGAAGAAGAAGUUGAAGUGGAGAAAGUCAAAAGAUAUUCCUCAACAGAUCGUUUACUAAAGGAGCUGAUUAAGGAAGCUGCCAGAACUCCAAUGAGUCGCAAUAAAAAAUAUCGCAAUCGACGCUCAUUGGAUGGUGGAGUCAAUGAACGUCAAAAAAGGUUUAUUUUAGAAGAUGCCAUUACAGCUGGCACUGAGGGCAUAAAGACGUUAACCGAUAGUAUCAAACUUCCGGAACCUUUAAGAUUUCCCUUGAAAAGAGAUGCCUUCACUCCCUCCAAGAGAAAGGCAGCCCUGGACUGGUUACAGAAGUUAUUUCAGGAACCAUUAAAUAUUGAUAUGCCUCUGUUACAUCGAUCGGCUAGAAAUUCGGAUAGCUACACCGGGCCCUUUUUCAUGACACGCGAUGGCAAAAAGACAGCCUUUGUGAAAAAGAUAACCGAAAUUAAGAAACCCGAAAAGAAAUUGAAUAAAAGAACCUUCGACGACUUGGAAUUUGACGAAGAGAAAUUCUUUAAAAAUGUUGGCGUCCAAUCGGAACCGGAUUACAUUAAAAUACCCGAGGGUGAUGUAUUUCUACAGAACAUUGCAAAUAUCAAUGGAGAAGAGUUGCUGGAUGAGGAGUUACAAAUCGAAGCGGGCCAACAAAAUAAAAAAUUGGAUAAGUUCAGAAGUAAUCAGGAUGUUGUUAGUGAAAUGAAACCCUUGCGCCUAUUGCCCACGGAGUUCUAUGAAGCCCUCAAUCCUAACCAGCCACGGGAAGGGAGUAAAAUGAAUAUGGGACCCACUUUAAAUUCAUUGCUUUUUGCAGAAAAUUACAAUAAACCUUUUGGAAAGGAUAAAGUCAAUGUGUUUGGUAAGAAUUUUGAGGAGUUGGCCACGUCAAUGUUUAACACGGAUAAAAAAUUCCACGAAGACCCAUUAAAGGAAAAUGCCGAUGAAUUUGCUCAAGCUCAAUUGAAUAUAAGUGAAAAGAAUAAAGAAGCCCAUAACGUGGAUGAGGAUACUAGUGAGCCAGAUUCCAAAGAAGAGGAGGAACAUUUAGAAACAUCAAGCAAACCUGAAAAGUCACGUUUCUCAAAUUUCAUGUCGGGUAAUAUUUUUGGAGAAACAAAUAAAAAUAAAAAUGACGAUGAGGAAGAUGACGAUAAAGCAACAACACCUAAAACAAAAUUUGAUGAAUUACCCUGGUGGGAUCUAUCACCAUUACGUUCGAAACGUUCUGUAGAUACCGAAACCCCUACUGAUUCCACACACCACGAUAUUGUUGAUAAGGAUGAUCAACCCAUUGCCUCGGCCAGCGGUUUGUUUCCACGCCGCAUGCGCGCCUUUGAACAUAAAGUCGAUGAAGCUGUACGCAGUACCAGAUCCGAUUCAGAUAAUGAAAUCGAUUCAAUGGGAAAGAAAUUGGUGAAAACAUUUAAAACUCAAGUCUCGAAAAUUGUCGAUAUUAUGUCACAGCAUGUCAACGAAUGGUACAAUUCAUUGACCAAACAAUUACAAAGUUCCACCAAUGAAAUUGCCAAUGAAGUAUAUCGUAAAGAUUAA